GCUCUAAUGACCCCCCCAAGUCAAAAGCCGCAAAAUUUAAUAUCCACACUCUGAAAAGGCUGCAAACUGCAAUCAAUCAUGAUCCUGAGUCAGACUUGUCUGCGCAAAUGCCAAUGGAUUACUCUGAUCGUUUGAUGAAAAUGCGAAAUGCCUCUAGGCAAUCACUUGAAACGUCUGACACUCGCAAGCCCCCCGAGCCGGCGAAUGAGGAUAUUCGAGAGUCUCUCAACAUUUCAGACUCUGUGGAAGUCGUCUUCCCGCUAUCAGACGUGAUUCUUGGAUAUUUGAAUCUGGAAGAAACCGUGGCGAAGCCUCUUCCUGAUGGAUUUUCACAACGUCUGUAUAAAUUCAUGCAAGCUAGUGAAAUACUCUGGACAGGCCCUUUUCCCCGACAGAAAAUGGUCUUUAAGUGUGCUCCUAAUGUUGUUGUAAAGGCUGUGCGGAAGCACAGUGAUCAUACUGAAUAUACAACUCUUCAGUUUUUGCAGAAUCAUCGACCAAGCAUUCCAGCUCCAAGACCAUUAGGCCUUGUCCGGAUGAGUGGAAUAACAUUGAUAUUCAUAACUUAUACGGCUUCCAAGACUCUUGAUGAUGUGUGGAAAGGAUUAGAUCAUGCCCAAAAAUCCUCAAUCAGCAACCAACUCGACAUGAUUCUAAAAGACCUCAGAUCAAUCCCUUAUGACCCGGAGUUGCCACUUGGAGGGGUCGCUGGUGAGGGCUGCAAAGAUAUCAGAAGACAUCUUCGAACAAGCGACAAGCCUAUUAAGACUAUCAUUGAAUUUGAAGAUUUUCUAUCCUCGAGUCCUCAGGCACAUAGCUCCAUAUUUGUUGAGCUACUCCGUCAGCUAUCACUACUCUCACAGUCGCAGACGUCUUUACUAAAAGUUGUUUUCACCCAUGGAGACCUUCGGCCGGAUAACAUCAUGAUAGAAAUGGGUGAGGAUAAUCAGUUGACAGUUUCUGGACUUCUUGACUGGGAAUACAGCGGUUUCUACCCUGAAUAUUAUGAAGCAGUUCGGUGUACAAAUUGUCUGGCGCCAUGUGAUCGAAAUGAUUGGUAUCUUUUUUUGCCUAAAUGUGUUUCUCCCAAGCGUUAUGCUCAAUGGUGGCUCCUGGACCGCGUUCGAGAGACGAUGUUUUUAUAAAAGCAGAAGCCAUACUAGAUAAUAGUACCCU